AGCCCCGGGAAGGAAGGAAGGGAAGCGAAGCGUAGCGCAGCGCCUGCGCGGCGGUGGUUGCCGGAAGGGCUGCGGGCGGCGGCUCGGGGGCCGGGCGGGGGUCUCGCCGCCGUGGCGGCAGCAGCAGCAGCAAAAUGCUGCCAACCACUUCAGUUAAUUCUCGGAGCCAGGGCAAUGGUGCGUUGAGCCCUAGAGAUGCUGCAAGGCACACAGCUGGAGCAAAGCGCUACAAGUACCUGCGGAGGCUCUUCCACUUCCGACAGAUGGACUUUGAGUUUGCUCUUUGGCAGAUGCUUUACCUGUUUACUUCACCACAGAGGGUUUAUAGGAACUUUCACUACAGAAAACAGACAAAGGACCAAUGGGCAAGAGAUGAUCCUGCUUUCUUAGUGCUUCUCAGUAUCUGGCUGUGCGUGUCUACUGUAGGAUUUGGAUUUGUGCUGGACAUGGGUUUUUUUGAAACAAUAAAGCUGCUGCUUUGGGUUGUAUUCAUAGACUGCGUGGGUGUUGGCCUCCUGAUUGCAACUCUGAUGUGGUUCAUUUCUAAUAAGUACUUGGUGAAGCAGCAGAGCAGAGACUAUGAUGUGGAGUGGGGAUAUGCCUUUGAUGUUCACCUGAAUGCUUUUUAUCCACUCCUAGUCAUUUUGCAUUUUAUCCAGCUGUUUUUCAUCAACUAUGUCAUCAUCUCUGAUUCUGUCAUUGGGUACUUUGUUGGGAAUACAUUGUGGCUGAUUGCCAUUGGCUACUACAUCUACGUGACAUUCCUAGGCUACAGCGCACUGCCCUUUUUGAAGAACACGGCUAUUCUUCUGUACCCGUUUGCACUUCUCAUCAUGCUCUAUUUGAUCUCCUUAGCAUGCGGAUGGAACUUCACCAAGAUGCUUUGUUCCUUUUAUAAAUACAGAGUGAAAUAAAACCUGGACUUCAUCUAUCCAAUGUUGAUUUUGUUUCUACCUUAGCUGUCUCGACAGUAAAGAAAAAGUUUAAGAACGGUUUGUAAAUGGUUGUAAAUUUCUCUUUAUUGUAGAUAAUUGUGUAAAAAAAGUUGGAAGUGUCCUUUUUUAUUAAAAUAUUUACAACAGUAAA